AUGAGUCUCGUACCACGAUCGAAUGUCGUCAUAAUCCACCCCGACCUCGGCAUCGGCGGCGCCGAACGCCUAAUCAUCGAUGUUGCGCUCGCUCUCCAAAACCGCGGCCAUCAAGUAACGAUAUACACCUCCCACCGAGAUAAAUCGCAUUGUUUUGAAGAAGCGCGCGAUGGCACACUUGAUGUUCGAGUUCGCGGAAACACGAUUUUCCCGCCUUUGUUUUUGGGGAGGUUUCAUCUGUUGAUGGCUGUGUUGCGACAGUUGCAUUUGACGAUAUCUGUUCUUUUGGAGAUGGGGAGGACGGGGAAGGAAACGGCGCAAACGGGAAAAAAUGGAAUAGAAGAAUAUAGAGAUGAUAUUUUUAUCGUUGAUCAGUUACCGGCUUGUGUGCCGAUCUUGAAGAGUCUUGGUGAGCGAUAUGCGCAGAUUCGUGGUGGGAAACAACGGAUACUAUUCUACUGCCAUUUCCCGGAUCAAUUGCUCGCACGCAGGAAUGAAGGGAAUAUAGUCUUGCGAUUGCUCAAAGAAGCGUAUCGUUAUCCCCUGGAUUGGUUUGAGGGAUGGGCGAUGAGCGCCUCUGACCAGGUUGUCGCUAAUUCGAACUUUACGCGUGGGAUUGUCAAGCGUGUGUUUGGGUCGGAUCGGUUGGGUGAUGUGAAAAUUGUGUAUCCUUGUGUUGAUACAAAGGAAUUUGUGCCAGCAGAAACCAACGUUGUCAAGGGCGAACUGUGGGGAGGGAAGAAGAUCCUUCUGAGUAUUAAUCGUUUUGAGCGAAAAAAGGGCAUUGAUUUGGCGAUUCGGGCGUAUAAUGGGUUGUCCAAGGAGCAAAGAAUAGGUACCCGACUGGUUAUUGCAGGCGGCUAUGAUAAUCGCGUCCAAGAGAACGUCCAAUAUCACAAAGAGCUCAACGAUCUAGCGCUCAGUCUGGGCUUACCGACCGCCACAUCUAAAACCGUCAUAUCAGCCCUCUCCAUCCCCGACUCAAUAGACGUCCUUUUCCUCCUCUCAGUCCCAUCCGCAUUCAGAGAUACCCUUCUUCUUAAUUCAAAAUUACUCCUCUAUACCCCUGUCAACGAACAUUUCGGUAUUGUUCCUGUCGAAGCAAUGCAUGCCGGUCUCCCUGUGCUCGCAUCCAAUACAGGCGGUCCAUUAGAAAGUGUCAUUGAAGACGAAACCGGCUGGCUCCGCGAUACAACGCAAGUCGACGAAUGGACCGGUAUAAUGCGAAAAGUUUUAUUGGAAAUGACCGAUCAAGAGUUUGCAAAGAUGGCGGCGAAUGGUAAGAAGAGAGUUGAAGAUGUAUUCUCUCUCCAUGCCAUGGAGGAUACACUUGAAGAGGAGCUUCAAGAUAUGCUCAAGUCGAACAGACGAGCUUUUAUUAAUUUGCAGUAUUUACUGUUUGCUUUCUUGUUUUCCGGGAUUGCUGGCGCCGUUACAGUUGCCCUGAUAUUGCGGCGAAUGUGGUGA